CAAUCCACAACUUAACAACAAUCGCUUACUACCUAUGAAAAAUAUUAUUUCGGCGUAAAUAACCACCCGAGAAUAUUAGCAGAAGGGCGCGUGUUGCUAAAACCCAAGGUCUGCAUCAGUCCUUUUAGUUAUGGCGGGCAGGAUGCGGCCAAUUUGCGGAAAAGUUGCGGAAUUAUGGCGGAAUCUCCAAUCAAUCGAUCACGUCACCAAGGGGGGGGUUCCCAAUAUGAGCAGCCCCGAGAAAAAUAACUUUGAAGUAUUCAGGGUGAUUUCAAAGCAAGCCUUAUGGCUGAUUAAACGAAAACGAGGGCAUGAUGCUCGGUGUGAAAUAUUAGGGGAUGUAGAUGUCGCCUGUGUUAUAAAGUCGACGGACCACCACGCAAUUCUGUAAAGCACAUCUCAUUCCAUAUCAUCUCAAAGUAAAAUCAUCUACAGCCAAGUCUUUUAAACACCUUUGCUUUAACCAACAUGGCUCCCUCAGUACCUGUAAAGAUCGUUCUCGGCACCCACACGGUGGGCAGCAAAGUCAACAACCCCGGAAUUGCUCACUUCGACAGCCCAGAAGAAGUUCAAGCUCUUCUAGAUGAAUUCUACAACCGAGGCUACAGGGACAUCGACACCGGGCGCAACUAUCUCGGCUCCGAGGAGCGCCUCGGGCGAGCCGGGGCCGCGUCCCGAUUCAUCAUCCACACGAAGGUCAGGGACGGCCCUCCUGGGUCUCACGCGCCUGCGAAGAUCGAGCAGAGCAUCAAGAUAUCUCUCGAGGAGCUCAAGACCCCCAGCGUAGAGACUAUGUACCUGCACGUGCCCGACCGCCAGACGUCCAUCGAGGACGCGGCGAAGGCGAUCAACGAAGGCAUCAAGCAGGGCAAGUACAAGCGAUUCGGGCUGUCCAACUACACCGAGGACGAAGUGCAGAAGUUCAUCGACGUCGCCGAGGCGAAGGGCUACGCAAAGCCCGACUUGUACCAGGGGCAUUACAACGCGCUGGUCAGGGGAGGCGAGAAGGCGCUGUUCCCGCUCUUGCGUCGACAUGGCAUCUCCUUUUUCGCUUACAGUCCUGCCGCAGCCGGUAUUUUCACGGGCAACGCCGGAAAAUCAACCACCUCGUCGCGGUGGAAAGACGAUAACCAAAUCGGAAGACUAUACAGCACCAUCUACGGACAGCCCCCGGUCCAGGCGUCCGUCGACGUGGUCCGAGCCGCGGCGGAGAAAUACGGGAUUAGCGGACACGCGGCGGCGCUGCGGUGGACGACGUUCCAUAGCGUCCUAGACGGAAGAUAUGGCGACGGCGUCAUCUUCGGCGUCUCGAACUUGGACCAGUUGAGGAAGACGCUGGAUGCGCUUGAGGAUGGCCCGCUCCCUGCUGAGCUGGCGGAUGCUAUCGAGGUUGUUUAUGCUACGGUUGAGGGCUCUGGACCGCCUUAUCAUCUAUAGGUACCUAGGUAGGUAGUUAUUCUGUAAUCAUAAAGGAUAGCUAAGAGUAUUUUCGUGUUUUGGGGAGAGUAUAAAAUGAGUUAUACAGACUGAUGGAGCAAUGUCUUCUAAACUACGAUCCUGCUCUAACGAUUAAACAAUAUCCCGAUCGGUUGGAUGAUUGUUUGAAUUUCGGAAUAUAAACUUGAUGCAUGUGGUUCUCAAGUUGAUAUUGAAUGCUUAUAGGUACUGUGUCUUUUAAGCAGAGCAGUUUUACAAACAUUCAAGUCUUCAGGUUAUUUAUAGUCGAGCCGUAUGUAUCUAAGUGUAUAAGUCCUUAUUGAGAU